AUGGCGUGGCUCACCCACCUGCUGGCCUGCCUCUUUGGGACAGGGUCUUGGAUGGCCAUCAACGGUGUGUGGGUCGAACUCCCCCUGCUGGUGAAUAAGCUCCCCGAGGGCUGGUACCUUCCUUCCUACCUCAUCAUCAUCAUCCAGUUGGCCAAUGUUGGGCCUCUCUUCAUCACCCUCAUGCACAAGCUCAAGCCCGGCCUGCUGCACGAAGUGCCCAUCAUCUACCUCGUGGUCUCCACGGGCACCAUAUCAUGCUUUCUCUUGGCUUUCCUCUGGGAAUACACGACAUUCAUGGCCGGUCAGCAGCACAGCACGGCUUUCUUUGUCCUGGUCUUCUUCCUGUCGCUGGUAGACUGUACCUCUUCCGUCACCUUCCUGCCUUUCAUGGCGCGCCUCCACCCUCGCUACAUCACCACUUUUUUCAUCGGCGAAGGCCUCAGCGGCUUAAUCCCAGCCCUCUUCGCAUUGGCCCAGGGCUCAGGGGUUGCAAGCUGCGUCCGCGUAAGGACGCCAAGCGACAACGCGACGGCUGCCGGCAACGCAACCUUUGGCAACGUGACGGCUGAAGAGGUCUGGGAAACUCAUUACUCCCCUGCCAACUUCUCCAGCCUGGUCUUCUUCAUCAUCCUAUCCACCAUGAUGUUCUCCUGUCUCACCGCCUUCUUCUUCCUCAACCGGCUACCCAAGGUGUGGGAGCUUUCAAAGCAGAACCUGUGCUACAGUGACAUCGCCCUCCACUCCAUCCAGAACCUUCCUGCGGAUGCGCGAGGCCCAACAGAUUCAGGGGGCUUCACAAACGCCCCUCUGGAUGGAAAGGUGGUGAGCGGCACCAAAGGCGGCGAUGACGCAGAUCCAGAAAAGGCCACUUUCUCUCGAGCCAAGUUUGCCUUCAUCUACUGUCUUGUUGCUUGGGUGAAUGCCCUGACCAAUGGUGUCCUGCCUUCGGUGCAAAGUUACUCCUGCUUGCCUUACAGCAACAUGGCCUACCAUCUGGCCGCCACGUUGAGCUCCAUAGCCAAUCCUCUUGCAUGCACCAUUCCCACGUUUCUGCCCAGCAGGUCCCUCGCUGUUUUGGGUGUAGUGGCAACCACCGGAACAGCGUUUGGUGUCUACAACAUGGGCAUGGCCGUAAUGAGCCCGUGCCCCCUGCUGCAGCACUCGGACUGGGGGGAUGCACUCAUUGUGAUCUCAUGGGUGCUCUUUACCGGGAUGCUCAGUUAUGUCAAGGUGAUGACAGGGGUGAUCCUCCGAAGCCAGAGCCAGAGCGCCCUCGUGUGGUACGGAGCGAUGGAGCAGCUGGGCUCUUUGUUGGGAGCCUUGACCAUGUUUCCCUUGGUGAACAUCUACAGCCUCUUCAAGUCCGCCGACUUCUGCAGCUUCCAGUGCCCGGCGUGACUUCAGAAGGAAACAGGAACCGUUACCAGGGCCUUACCGAGCGUGGCUUUUGUGCGGAAGCGCCUCUCGAACAGAUGCAGGAGCCAAGUGGUCUCCUUCCUUCCUUCCACAGACAAGGAAGAUAAGACGUUGGCGAACUUUUCA